AUGGCUGCAGUAGCCCCCAACGACCAGGCGUCUCUCCAGGCGGCGACGAUUGAUAGAUUUGUCGAGGGGUGGAAAAUCAACUCUGGUGAAGCCUGGACGGAACUGUGGGCGGACGGAUGCACAAACACAAUUCUACCAUUUUCGCUCAAUUGCGCGCCCAUGUCCAAAGCCCAUGUCCUUCGAUCCAAACACUUUGGCAAUGUUUCAAAUUGGAAGUUGGAGGUGUACGAAGUCCUACACGACACGGCCAAGGGAAAAUCUGCCGUCUACGCAACAUCGAGUGCAGAUACGCGUUUUGGCAACUUCAAAUGGUCGCAAGAGUAUGCGGCCUUUAUCACAUUGACCGAGGACAGGAUGAAGAUUGGGCACAUUACGGAAAUGGUGGACACGGCAUUUUUUGCCGAGAUGGGAAGACAGAGUGCAAAGUUCGCCGCCGCAGAAUCCAAAUAA